AUGCACUUUCUCACAUUCUUUGAGUUUUUCGGCACCCAAGUAACCACCAUGUUGUCCAACUUGCUUACAGCGGCGACACUGUUCUUUACACUUCUGGAUACCACUUUGGCUCAACGUAAUGUUUGGUCAAUUACAGAGAACGGUGUAGGUGCUACAAUUGCUAUGAAAAAUGACGCUGCAGUUGAAACGGGUUUUCAUGCUACAGUUUAUGAUUACCCUUGGGGAGACUUUAUUCCAUUUUGGAACGAUAAUUUUGUUGCUGGAGGUUAUUCAACAAGAAAAGUUCUUUCGAGUACAGUUUCCGUGACUGAUCCAAACUUUCACUUCACAGAUCACGUUGGUUCUGCAAACCUUUAUGGAAUGCUAAACACUAACAUGGUCAAUGUAUUGGUUGAAUUGAAAGGUUUUUACUAUGCACAAACUUCUGGUAUUUAUACUGUUAAGGUUAAUGAAAUGAAUGAUGGUGGUUUCAUCUGGUUAGGUAAGGGUGCAUUUGACCCAUGCUCUCAAGCUUCGGAGUCCAAUACUUACGAUGAUGUCUUAUUGGGUGUUAGAAGUGAUGAUGCUCAUUCUUCUUACGUUUUCCUCGAGGCGGGCGUCUACUAUCCAAUAAGGGUUGUUUAUGUUAAUGUUGAAUUGGAUGCACAAAUGCAAUUUCAAAUUAUUGACCCUGAUGGAACAAUUGAUGAUUUCCAAGAUAUCUAUAAUUUCCCUGUUUCAGACAUGGCAGCAUGUGCUGCAGUUACUGCUGGUAUGAGUUUCAGUGUUUCCACGAGUGUUGUUAUAGGUGCUUCCACCGCGUCCACCGAAUAUAAUGCAAUGAUCACCAAUGGCGCAAGUGGUCCAUCUACAUAUUUUGAAGAGAUAAUAUACCUUCCUUCUCCAAAUACCACUUACUACGUAACAUCAACAGGUACUGCUGAGACAACUUACACUUCUACUAGUUUAUCAUUAGCGUCCGAUGGUUAUAGUGCUGUCGUGGUUGUUGUCGAUGGCGUUACUGGAACUGUCUCUCAAACGGCCACAGAAAAUACAAGUGUUACAUCACGUGGUGAUAACACAUUGACAGGUGUUAACCAAGCUACUGGUUGUUCUUUAGAACCACAUUACUUUUCCACUGCAAAUGGUUUCCACGCUACAUUUUAUGAUUACGGUAUCGGUAACGUUUUCGAUAAGAAGUAUUAUGCAAACAGUUAUACCACAGAGCACGUUAUUGGUACUGCACACAGUGUUACAAAUCCAAAUUAUUCUGUUGGCUGGGGUCAACAAGUUAUUUAUAGCCAAGCUACUAUUGAUGCUGGUGGGGGAUAUGUUAACCAAUUGACUGGUUAUUUCCGUCCAAAGACUAGUGGUUUGCACGUCUUUAAGAUCAAGAAUGUCAACGAUGGUGCUAUGGUAUGGUUUGGUAACAACGAUGCGUUUGCAUGUUGUCAACCCGAUGACAUUCCAUACGACUCCCAAAAUGGUGCUUUAUUCUUUACUACAGGAGAUGAUGUUACAGCUUAUGUACAUUUCGACGCAGGCAAAUAUUAUCCAAUGAGAGUGGUUUUAGUUAAUAUGCUUUUGUCUUCCGUUCUUGAUAUUGAAGUUAUUACCCCAGACGUUGUCUUGAGCAGUGACUGGUCUGACUAUGUUAUUUCUAUUACUGAUAUCCAGGAUGGUGCUUGUCCAGGUCCAUUCCUUGAAACUACUGAUUUUGAAAUUUCUAGUGGACUUACUCAACCUUCCACCAGUUACUACAAGACUGACACAGUUGUUGGAGGUACAACUACAACUCAAUUUGUUACAUCUGUUGACUACCCAACUCCAAGUUCCACUAUUGCAACUACUAUAACUUGGAGUAACACUUAUACUUCAUCAAUAUCUUCUGCAAGUUUUUCUUGGGAUGAUACUACUACAACUCCAUAUGAAAUUGUGACAGUCUACGUCCCAUCAUCUGUUCAACCUAGUGGCUCCAACACUAAUACUGCUACUGGUUCUAACACUGCUACUGGUACUAACACUGGUUCCAAUACUGGUUCUAACACUGCUACAGGUACCAACACUGAUACCAACACUGGUUCUAACACUGCUACUGGUACCAACACUAAUACCAACACUGGUUCUAACACUGCUACUGGUACCAACACUAAUACAAACACUGGUUCCAAUACUGCUACUGGUUCUAACACUAAUACCAACACUGGUUCUAACACUGCUACAGGUACCAACACUGAUACCAACACUGGUUCCAAUACUGCUACUGGUACCAACACUGAUACCAACACUGGUUCUAACACUGCUACCGGUACCAACACUGAUACCAACACUGGUUCUAACACUGCUACAGGUACCAACACUAAUACCAACACUGGUUCUAACACUGCUACAGGUACCAACACUGAUACCAACACUGGUUCUAACACUGCUACUGGUUCUAACACUAAUACCAAUACUGGUUCUAACACUGCUACAGGUACCAACACUGAUACCAACACUGGUUCCAAUACUGCUACAGGUACCAACACUGAUACCAACACUGGUUCUAACACUGCUACUGGUUCUAACACUAAUACCAAUACUGGUUCUAACACUGCUACAGGUACCAACACUGAUACCAACACUGGUUCCAAUACUGCUACAGGUACCAACACUGAUACCAACACUGGUUCUAACACUGCUACUGGUUCUAACACUAAUACCAACACUAAUACCAACACUGGUUCUAACACUGCUACUGGUACCAACACUGAUACCAACACUGGUUCUAACACUGCUACUGGUUCUAACACUAAUACCAAUACUGGUUCUAACACUGCUACAGGUACCAACACUGAUACCAACACUGGUUCCAAUACUGCUACAGGUACCAACACUGAUACCAACACUGGUUCUAACACUGCUACUGGUUCUAACACUAAUACCAACACUAAUACCAACACUGGUUCUAACACUGCUACUGGUACCAACACUAAUACCAACACUGGUUCUAACACUGCUACAGGUACCAACACUGAUACCAACACUGGCAACACUGCAACCGGUACUAACACUGGCAACACUGGUACUAACACCGGUAACACUGGCACAAACACUGGCAACACUGCAACCGGUACUAACACUGGUAACACUGGCACAAACACUGGCAACACUGCAACCGGUACUAACACUGGUAACACUGGCACGAACACUGGUAACACUGGCACAAACACUGGCAACACUGCAACCGGUACUAACACUGGCAACACUGGUACUAACACCGGUAACACUGGCACAAACACUGGCAACACUGCAACCGGUACUAACACUGGUAACACUGGCACGAACACUGGUAACACUGCAACCGGUACUAACACUGGUAACACUGGUACUAACACCGGUAACACUGGCACAAACACUGGCAACACUGCAACCGGUACUAACACUGGCAACACUGGUACUAACACCGGUAACACUGGCACAAACACUGGCAACACUGGUACUAACACCGGUAACACUGGCACAAACACUGGCAACACUGCAACCGGUACUAACACUGGUAACACUGGCACGAACACUGGUAACACUGCAACCGGUACUAACACUGGUAACACUGGCACGAACACUGGUAACACUGCAACCGGUACUAACACUGGUAACACUGGUACUAACACCGGUAACACUGGCACAAACACUGGCAACACUGCAACCGGUACUAACACUGGCAACACUGGUACUAACACCGGUAACACUGGCACAAACACUGGUAACACUGCAACCGGUACUAACACUGGUAACACUGGCACGAACACUGGUAACACUGGCACGAACACUGGUAACACUGCAACCGGUACUAACACUGGUAACACUGGUACUAACACCGGUAACACUGGCACAAACACUGGUAACACUGCAACCGGUACUAACACUGGUAACACUGGUACUAACACCGGUAACACUGGCACAAACACUGGCAACACUGCAACCGGUACUGGUACUAACAACAACAGUCCAACAGGUUCAGGUUCCAACUCCGGUUCUAACUCAGGCUCCAAUGGUUCAGGUUCUAACUCAGGUUCUAACGAUUCAAGUUCUAACGGUUCAGGCUCCAAUGGUUCAGGUUCUAACUCAGGCUCCAAUGGUUCAGGUUCUAACUCAGGUUCUAACUCAGGCUCUAACGGUUCAGGUUCUAACUCAGGUUCUAACUCAGGCUCCAAUGGUUCAGGUUCUAACUCAGGCUCUAACGGUUCAGGCUCCAAUGGUUCAGGUUCUAACUCAGGUUCUAACUCAGGCUCCAAUGGUUCAGGUUCUAACUCAGGUUCUAACUCAGGCUCUAACGGUUCAGGUUCUAACUCAGGUUCUAACUCAGGCUCUAACGGUUCAGGCUCCAAUGGUUCAGGUUCUAACUCAGGUUCUAACUUAGGCUCCAAUGGUUCAGGUUCUAACUCAGGCUCUAACGGUUCUGGCUCCAAUGGUUCAGGUUCUAACUUAGGCUCUAACGGUUCUGGCUCCAAUGGUUCAGGUUCUAACUCAGGCUCCAAUGGUUCAGGUUCUAACUCAGGCUCUAACGGUUCAGGCUCCAAUGGUUCAGGUUCUAACUCAGGUUCUAACUCAGGCUCCAAUGGUUCAGGUUCUAACUCAGGUUCUAACUCAGGCUCUAACGGUUCAGGUUCUAACUCAGGUUCUAACUCAGGCUCUAACGGUUCAGGCUCCAAUGGUUCAGGUUCUAACUCAGGUUCUAACUCAGGCUCCAAUGGUUCAGGUUCUAACUCAGGUUCUACCGGUUCUGGCUCCAACUCAGGUUCUAACUCAGGUUCUAACGGUUCAGGCUCCAAUGGUUCAGGUUCUCACUCAGGUUCUAACGGUUCAGGCUCCAAUGGUUCAGGUUCUCACUCAGGUUCUAACUCAGGCUCCAAUGGUUCAGGUUCUAACUCAGGUUCUACCGGUUCUGUCUCCAAUGGUAUUGUUGCACCUGAAAAGUCAACUACGCUAUCUUCCGUUUCUAUUUCUACGAAUGUCCCAUCCGAUGUGAAUACUUUCGAAGCUGGCGCCUCAAGAAAGACUACCAACUCACUCUUCGUUGGUUUAGCUGCAUUGCUUUUAGCUAUAUAG